AUGAAUCUUACAAAGAGAUUGGUCCUGACGUCCACUUUGAACCUCGUAAAUGAUAGAGAAGUAGUAAUAUACAAUGAUAACGAUUCUCUCGAUUCAAGAUAUUAUAUAUCAAAAACGACGGGAUUUCGAUUACCAAAUUAUAUAUUUUCAUGCUGUGGAACUAAAACGUUUAUGAGAGGUACUACUACAUUGAAUCAGCCAGCCAUGCAGUCGAACAGACAACCUACACAAAUGAUCCUUCAUCAACAACAGCAGCAGCAGCAGCAACCUCGGCAACAGUUCCAGCAACAAUUCAUCAUAGCAUCACAACCGACACAACAACACGAAUUUACAGUCCAACAACAGCAGCAGAUGGUGUUUCAGCAACAACCUCAACAGACAUUUAGUAAUCAAUUUCUUCAAUUUCAAAGUCAGACCCAGCCAGUUCAAGUGCAGUUUCAACAAGUCAAUCAACCACAACACUUUCAGCAACAGCAUCAACUAAUCCAGCAACCAAAACAACAACACCAACUACUACAAAAAAGUGCAAAAGUAUAUACAACAGAGCAAGUGCUACAGCAGAUCAUCUCGAACGACGACCACAACGACAACAACGGUUGUGAAGUUGACUAUGAACCUGAUCCAGAUUUUUUCUUGAAUGAGGUUGAGGAGGUCAUUGGAGACACACAGGAAGAAAGCACAUUGUGGAUGUCUUGCUCACCUGGCAGAGAUUCAGCUGACGGGGAUGAUAACGAAAAUGAAGAAACCACUGUUGUUAGUGACUUUUCUCCAUCAUAUGAAAGUCUAAAAAGGUACAACCCUGUAAAUAAUUCAUAUGAUUCUGUCGAGGUGGAGGAGGAGGAGGAGGAGGAGGAGUGCGAAGAGGAGCCUGCCCCCGUUAAACAGGAUGAGAAAAAGCCAAUUUCCAGUUAUGGAUUGUUCUUCAGAGACACGCAGGCAGCCAUAGAGGAACAGAAACCUGAUGUAACAUUCAGUGAGGUUGCGCAUGUUGUUGCCAAAAUGUGGGAUGAACUGGAGGACAAACAUAAGCAAUACUAUGAGAAGUUGGCUGAUCUUGAAAAACUGAAAGCCAGAAAGGAGAGAAAGAAAAUGUCAAAUGAUUCAGGAAAGAUGAAUGAUAAAUUGCAGACAAAGAAGCCAAAGGAGAGGAAAAAACCGUCUGCAUCCUCAACUGAAAUGGUUCAGUCGAGGCCAGCGAACCAACCAAUGUGCGUGAGAGAGGGGUGUUCGAACAGGGCAAUCAAUGACACGAGGUGGAACUUGGACUACUGCAGUACACAGUGCGUCGUCAGCCACUGCAAAGAUGUCUUCAAAUCCUGGGUGGCACACAGGAAAGAUCCAAAUCCAGAAGUGGAAGCCUGCUAG